AUGACUACUCCUAUUGCUUGCAUAUGCGGAAGCGUAGCUUUGUCUAUCCAAUUGGACUCUGUUAUCGACCAAUCCAAACUCCAACUAUGCCAUUGCAACGGCUGUCGGAUGGUGACUGGGCAGUUGUCUUCGUCGUAUUAUCUCCUCCAACAUGAACCACCGAAUCUAGAUGGGCUUCAGGAAUAUCAACAGUCCAACCACAUUAGCCGUUAUUUCUGUAAGACAUGUGGUGCCCACGUCUUCGCUCGCAUACAGCCUGGGGGACAGGUUUUAGUUGCCUCAGGUUUGCUGACAGCAAAGAGCGUCCCCUCGGUCCAAGCAGUUGAGCACUGGCAAAGUAGCGAAACUGGUGACGGUGGACUCAGUACACUGCUUCCUGGAACAGAGUCCACCGUUACAGGUUGCAGAUUACAUACUUCAACCAGCAACAAGAGUCCUAAGGGAGAAUCGAUAAACCCGGCGGAGUAUACAUUGACAAGCCAGCAUCUGCGGGCACGUUGCCUCUGUGGAGGAAUCGAGUUUUAUAUCACCAAGCCCGAUGCAUCGUCCUUACAAGCAUCCUCACCAUGGCCAGACCUCCUGGUUCCAUACUAUACUGGGUCUGGGGCGAAUCCUGACGAUAUCAAAUGGUGGCUGCGAGAUGGCGCUGCCGACUAA